UAGGGCUCGCUCGGAGUCGACACACAACACAUUUGUGUAUGUUUUGUACAUGGGUUUUGUGUAGAAUUCGUGAGCUAGUGAGUGACUGUGUUAUACUUGGUCAGCGGAAACUGGAUUUACAUGUCACAAAUUACAGCUUGUUACCCCUCGCAUAUCCUUCAGGAUGGCGAAUAUUCAGCAGAUGGCUGGUGGUGUGUAUGAUACAAGCAGGGUUGGCCAAGGGGGCAUGAGUGGUGGUAUGCCCAACGUACCUCCCAACAUGCCCCACAACAUGGGUCCGGACAUGGGCGGCAACAUGGGUGGGACUCCUGGCUCCAUGAUGCAUGCUCCUGUUCCUUUCGAUUGCUCAGACAUAGACUCUGAUGAUAUCAGUGUGGAUGAACAGUCUGAAGGUGGUGGCUCGGAUAUCGAGAAGACAUACACAAACUUGGACGGGAGCAGGAGGGAGAUGUUCAAUUCCACGAUGAUCCAGCAAGCGUUUGCGCAGAGCAUUGGACUAGGAUUGGUUCAGCAGGCUGCCCAACAAGCCGCAAGGCAGGCUGCUGACAUGGGUUCACAUUCACAAGGUGCUUCUCACAGUCACAUGCCCUUUCAUGGUCUUCAGAUGCCUCCACGUGCCCCGCCUCCGCACAUUGCAUCCACAGCAGGAGCAGUAGCAGUAUCUGCUGCAGCUUCCUCAACACCCAAGGGCAGGAGUGAGCAAGCCAAUCAGCCAUCGGGAUGGACUCAUCAAGUCAGAGCUACACCAUCUCCACCAUUCAAUGCUGUCCAACCAGGACCUGGUGUGUUGUUUCCACCUGGUACGCCAGAGCUGAAUUACUUUCACUCACUCUUCCCUGAGUCACUCAUGGAGCGAUUGAUGAUAGAGACUAACCGAUUUGCUGAACAAAGCCAUGCUGAUAAAGCCAAUGCUCAUUGGCAACCACUUGAUCUGACUGAAAUGAAAGCUUAUCUAGGUAUUCGCAUCUAUAUGAGUAUUCUAAGCCUCCCUCAUCAAGAUAUGUACUGGUCAACGGAUUGGCUUUUUGGUAACCUGGCUUGUUCACAGAUCAUGCCUAAGAAUCGCUUUCAGAACAUUGCAAGGAACUUUAGUGCGAAUGACAUGACCACUAACCCACCUGUGACUGCACCGGAUCACGAUAAGCUUCAUGCUAUUCGCACCGUUCUGGACACAGUCUUACACACCAUUAAGGAUACAUACCAUCCACAUCAGAAUCUGUGCAUUGAUGAAACAAUCAUCACUUACAAAGGCAAGUUAGGUUGGAGGCAGAGAUCGGCUGAUGGUUCGACGGUAGGAAUCAAAGUGUGGAUGAGAGCAGAUUCAACAAACGGCUAUGUGAAUGACUUUCAGUUUUACACUGGUAAAUCACAGACAGGUAAAGUUGAGGGUGGUUUACCAACAAGAGUGGUGCUAGAUCUCACCAAGGAUCUCCAUAAUACUAAUGCCAUCAUCAAUAUGAAAGGGUUCUUCUGUAGUCCUUAUCUUCUGGAGAGGCUCUUUGACUUGGGGAUCAGAGGUCGAGGUACUGUCAAAGCUGACCGUAAGGACUUUCCAGAGGCUCAGCUUGGGUCCAAGUCCUUUACUCAGCAUGGUCAAUCUGCAGUUGUUCAGAAAGGCAAUACUUGCGCAUAUGCUUGGAAGGACAAGCGUGUUGUUCAUGUGCUGUCAACGGCAGAUGAUGCCACAGUGACUGACAAUGUGACUAGGAAGCAGCGAGAUGGCUGGGUGAAGCCGGUCCCAUGUCCCCAAGCAAUGUCUUACUGUAACAAAUACCUACAUGGUGUCUCGCAUGCCAACCAGCUCCGUCUUGAGUAUCCUUCCUCUCGAACCUCCAACAAAUGGUGGCACUAUCUGUUCUGGUUCAUCUUUGACACAUGCAUGGCCAAUGCAUACAUCAUUAUGAAGGAGACCUACAUGAACGCAAACCACGGCUCCCUGGCUGGAACACGCAAGAUGUGCACCUUGGAGUUCAAGAAGAAUCUUGCCAAGCAGCUGGUAGCACCGCAGAUGAUGACCGGCAAGAAGAGGAAGAGUCCUGAUCGCAGCAACAACUCCCCUCUCAAGGUGAAAUUUAAGAAGGUGAAGUCAAAGUCACCGAAGAGUGACAAGAAAGGUGAUAAGAAGAGCGAUAAGAAGGACUCCAAGUCCAAAUCAAGGCGCAAGCGUACACCUAAGAAAGCCAAGCUUGCCGAUACCUCUGCAGCAAUGUUCUAUCCCAUGCAGGACGGUAGCUUAGGAGCACCUAUUCAUGAACAUGAAGCAACAGAAGGUAUAGAUGCACUGCAUGAUGAAGUAGCUCAAGAAGGAUUGUCUGGUACAUCCACAGAAUAAAAAGCAUCUUGGAUUUUGUGUGUUUUCCAUUUUCCUGAAGGGAUAUGAAACUUACAAUUUAACAUCUUCAUGAAAGUUUCAAAUCCUGUAGGCUGAUAACAAAGUAGAUGACGUACAUGUACAUGUAUCACACUUUUUUUACUUUCAAUACUGCUUUGUAGACAUUUAAUAUAUUGGCAAGAGUUGGUAGUCCUAGUAUGUCUGUGUUAACACAUAUUCAUGAAUUUGUACAUCAAUACAUGUAUUUGAUUUUAUGUACAUAUACAUUGAUAAAGUGUAAACACUAGAGAAAUAGAAAAACUGGGGUCUACAAAUCUACAUGUAACUUUAUUCUUGAUAUCACAAAUUACACUUAAAUUAUCCUGACAUAAAAGAAGGUUGACUGUGUACAACACUUGCCUGAUUUAAGUUCUUUGAAAUGUCACAUUUUUACAAAACAUUGCUAAGAAUCAUGCCUUGAAUAUUUUGCAAUGUACUUUGUGUCAAUUCAAAAGCACAUAUGUACCACAGUUCAUAAUAAUGAGCACCUUGAAACUGAAGUAGUGAGUGAUCAUGCAAGUUAAACAAAAAAAAAUAAACAUUUUAUGGUACAAUAGAGGGAAAUAAAUGCAAUUAUUAAACAUGGAUAUUGGACAAUUAAACCUGAUUUUAUCAAAGGAGAACGUCGCAUUUAUGCUACUGUCUUUAAAUAAUAUUUUCUUCCCAUGUGGACGAGUCCUAACAGCAUUGCUGACUUGGACUUUGAAAGAGUAACUUUGGGAAUACAUUUAAGAACUGUUACUGAAGCAUUGUGUAUGACACACACAUGUAUUUAUUAUCUUUUUAUCUGUUAUCUGCAAAGUGUACUAAUUGGUGCUAACACUGGAGCUCUUCAUAGUGGACACAAAAAAAGUUUACAGAGUAAGCAAGUACAAAAUAAUUGCCAAGUUGUGUUGGUGCUAACUAUAUAUGAAAAUGUAAAAUAACGGAGAUCUUCAAGAAUGUCCUUGAACAUGUACAUAGAUUUAGAUACUUAAAGCCCUACUGCACUACUUAUGGCUACUUGCGCCCUCUCCAUAGCAAACAAAAGCCUAAUUGGUGACUGUUGGUCCCUCAUGGUCCCCUCUUUCUUAUAUUAAUUGAGACCUUAUUUGAUGAGAUAACCACCUGUCAGUGACCAUGCAGGGAGGUCUAAUCCCACCUGGCCAAACUAGUGCAGAUGGGCUUUAAUAUAUGUACUGUUGUUCUAUACCAGCACUUUAAGUCAGGGUUGGCUGCUAAUCUUUCUACUUUUUUUUUUUUUUUGAGAGAGAGAGGUGUCUUUGUGUUGGAUCUAAGAAAAUUUGGUCCUCAAAAGGUGGUGUUUUAAAAAUGUUAAUAACUGUAAAGAAAUUGAUUUACUGGAAUGUAUUAUGUUUCUUUGCAAAACUGUCAAAGCAGUAUAUUCAUAAAGCUCUAAGCCUAGGAUUGGACUGCUCUCUUUCUUUGACAAUGUUGCUCAUUCUUUGGACACCUUUCAGACAAUGCUUCUCUUAACUCAUAAACGUUGGUAGGAUUUUGUUGUACUGUAAUAAACUAAAAUAUGUUCAUUAGUGAAUAAUAAAACCAAAGUUCAACAAGUAGAAGCAUAAUGGCAGUUUCUGCAAAAAUAAAAAUCACAUCUGAUUUCCUGUUCACACUGUGAUCACAUGAAUGUAUGUGUGAAAAAUGAAGUUUAUCAAAACUUGGAAUUAAGCAUUGCUGGUGGAUGAUUUUUCCAGAAUUAAUAUUCGCUGAUUGAAAUGUUUCAUUAUUUUUUUCCAUCCUCGUAGCCCAUACAUAAUCCAAGCUAUGCUUGACUUGGGGUCUCUGGGAAAUCAUGUACCUCUAAUCCCUUGUAUAUUUCAACAGCUAGAGUGACCUUUUGAACCUAAGGGAAUGUGUAAUGGCAUGGAAUUCAUGUAGCACAGGCAGUAUUAAUAGUCAAACCCCUCCUCUGACAGCAUGUUUUAAGGUACACAUGUGGAGGCUCGUACUGCAUGUGAGCUGGUAAAAUGAGCAGUUUAGUAAUGAGAAGGAAACGGGCUGAUGUUGAUUUUCAAUGUCCUUAUAUAUACUGCUCAUUGUAAAAAGUUGAGUUGUCACAUGAUAACCUUUGAUGCUGUAAGCCUUAAUUAAAACAUUGAGUACAAAAGUAAGCAAAGAUUGCAUGUGAUUUUGAUACAAUGCACACACAUUUAAUGACCCCCUCUUACGAUCUCCAUCACUCAAGGAGAGACUGAGAGAGUGCAGAAAAUGUUCUUUUUGUGGGACUAUUUUGGAGCCAUCCACAGAUUUAUGAUUCCAUAUUUACAUACUGUAAGAGGGGGUUAUUCAAUCUGCGCGCACUGUAUCAAAAUCAAAUGCAAUCUUUUUAUCAAGACCUCGUAAUUAUGCAGGUAAUCACGUGAUAAACUCAAAUUUUACAACGAGCAGUUUAUAAGGACAUAGAAAAUCAACAUCUGCCUGUUCCUUUAUAAAUUUUGCAAUCAUUAAAUAUUGUCUGUAUCACUAAAAAAUCAUUUAUGGAUCACUUAAAAUAAGAAGUAAUUAUUGGGAUCCACAAAACAAUGGGGAAAAUGCCAUCAUGCAAUUUACAGAAGUAGAAAAGCAAGCUCUUUGUAUUCAUUUCUAGAAAAUUCCUUUUUCAGUAUUAACAUAGAUUUACAAUUAAAAAGCAAUAUUUAAAUGUGGAACUGCUGAUGUUAAUUCACUUUGUUAAUAGUGCAGUUAAUAGUGUUAUGAUCAUUGAAAUAUCAAAUUCACUGGUAAUUUUGUUGUUGAAAACUGCUUGAAGUAAGAUUUGAUUAAGCAGUGAGAGUGAGAAUGAGAGGGAGAGAGAAAAAGAAACAAAGAGAUUAAAACACAAUUUCAUAGUUGCUAAAUUCUCAAUAUAUACUCCCCAUGAAUUUGCGUAAAAAAUAUUCAAAAAAAGUAUGUUAUGUACAUAUGCAUGCACAUGUACAGUGUUAAUACUCAAGUGGAGGCUGGUGACAAUUGAUACAUACAUGUAUACAUAUUUUGUAAACGUAAAUAAACAUAACUUGUGAUUACUUUUCUUUGUAUAAUGCUUUUUACAUGAUACAUUUGUUAUGGAAUGUUAAAAGCGUUGAAUUUCAUAUGCACAUAUCUAUAACCAUGUGAAUGAGUCUCUAAAUGUACUAAGUAAUGCAUCUGUAAUAAAAGCUAGUAGUACAGUAGAUAAUAAUCCCCAUA